AUGUGCGAGUUCCCGUGGAUGGUGUACCUCUUCCGUGACCCCAGCCCGUGCGGAGCCAGCAUCAUCGACAGCAGACACCUCGUCACCGCCGCUCACUGUGUUCACAACAUUAAGAAGAACCAGUUGAGGAUCGUGAUAGGCGAACACAGGCGAUCGGUCUGGGUGCAGUCGGCGGAAUACGAAGUUUACAACUAUAGAGUUUUUGUGCACCCCCAGUAUGUCCCGAAAUAUUACACCGAGACUGGAACAGCCAAUGACAUCGCUAUAAUAAAGUUAUCUCAGGAGAUAAACUGGUCCCGCUACAAAUGUCUCAAACCAAUCUGUCUACCCGAGAGCUGGCGUCGCUUCCGGUCCACCACGUGCACUGUGACAGGGUGGGGUAUCGUCAGCCCCGUGAUCAACUUUCUACGCCCACCCCUGGCUGACGUGUUACAGAAGGUCACAGUUGAUAUUGUCGAAGACAGAGUCUGCGCGAAUAUCUUUACACGAGAUUGGUUCAAGUCGACAAACUACUGUGCGGGUUACUUGCAAGGUGGACGAGAUUCGUGUGGGGGCGACUCGGGAGGCCCACUACAGUGUCGUGUGAACGGGAAAUGGAUUCUGGCAGGUCUCGUAUCCACGGGCUCAGGAUGUGGAGAACGAGGGAAAGCCGCCAUUUAUACAGACGUGGCCAAAUACAGAACAUUUAUUGAUCAAAUUCGACGUAUUUACUAA